AUGUCGCGCAAAAUGAAACAACCAGCUCAAAAGGAAGUUUUCAGUUGCGUAAUCUGCCCUCUUCCGGAUAGUCGGGAAGAUAUGAUGCAAUGCCGGAACUGCUCUGCCUGGGUUCAUUAUUCCUGUGGAGGUGCUGCAAAUGAGGCGGAAGCAAAGAAACUCGACUAUGUGUGUCCUAAAUGUCUAGCGGAGAAGCGCUCGGACACAAGAUCACUCAAAAAAGGAACUUCGACAACAAGCCGACGAUCGGAAGCGCUAGCUCUGAAACUGCAGCAGCUAGAAGAAGAAAAGCAGCUGCGGGAUCAACAAAAUCAGGCAAAGCGGAAACUACAGGAGAAACGCCGGACGCUACUGGAAGAGGAGGAGCAGUUACAGAAGGAAGAGGAUCGUGAAGCUUUGGAAUAUCUGCAGAGUAAGCAUUCUUUGGAGCAGCAAUUGGAGGAAGAAUCCAGCAAUGCUAGUCGAAUAAGCGUUCGUAGUCUGGAAAGCCGAAGCAAAGUUGAGGAUUGGUUGAAGGAAAACGAUAGCGUGUGUGAUGUCGACCCAGUUCAGGAGAAGCUGGUGGCUGCCACAAUGUUGGAAAACCAAAUUCAAUCCAUCAAAAUUGCGCAAAUUGAGAAACAGCUUCAAACUAACGUAUGCUUCCGAAAUUCUGCCGAAAACACAAGUUGCGUUUCUAACUAUUAUACGCUUCCAACAAACGGAUUUGUAAACCCAACCGGAAAGUCAACCCCGAAAUUAAACGUGCAAAGGAAUACAGAUUUUCGAGUAGCACAAGAAGCAAAUGAAGGGGUGACUCCUUUUGAGCCCACCGUAUCGAAACGUGAGAACUAUGGAAUUCCCAGUACAAGUCCCCGACAAGUUAUGCCUAAGGAUCUGCCGUUAUUUUGGGGUAACGCUGAGGAAUGGCCUAUCUUUUACAAUCAUUAUGUAAUGACGACUGAAGUGUGCGGAUAUACAGACGUUGAAAACUUAGCAAGGCUGCAAAGAAGCUUGAAAGGCACCGCUCUGGAUUCGGUUCGUAGUCUCCUACUGUCUCCUUCGUCAGUACCGUCUAUCAUCAGCUCCCUACAGAUACUAUUCGGUAAGCCAGAACUAAUUCUUUACUCAUUAAUUAAGAAAGUUCGUGACACUCCGGCACCCAAACCCGAAAGGUUAGAUAUGCUGAUCACCUUUGGCAUGGCAGUCAAAAAUAUGUGCGCUCACAUGAUUGCCACGGAACAAGGCGAUCAUCUUUCAAAUCCAUUAUUACUGCAGGAACUCAUUGAUAAACUACCAGUUGCUAACAAAAUGGAUUGGGCACGUUAUCGUUCAGGUCUGUCGACAGUGAAUCUGAAUGACUUUGGGAAAUUCAUGGAACGAACAGUAAUGGAAGCAAGCUUGGUUGUUCUGCACGUAGUGCCAGAAUCUAGGGGAUCUAAAUCCGAAUCAAAACAGCGUGAUAGAAUGUUUGUGAACUUCCACGAAACUUCUCUGAUCCAAUCACGAGAUAGUGAGUCGAUGGUAGGAGAUUAUGAUGAUAGUAUUUGCACACAAUGUCAGAACGGGGAGCAUAAAGCAGAUGCUUGUGAUUGGUUCAAACUCUUACCAGUCGACGAACGAUGGAAAGUGGUUCAUAAAUUGAAGUGGUGCCGAACGUGCUUUGGACAGCAUGGCAAAAUUGAUGGAAAAUGGUUAUGCCCUAGCAAACGACGAUGUAACCAAAACGGAUGCCAGAAACUACAUCAUAAGCUUCUACACAAUACUACUAAACAGCAGCAGACGGACGUGAUGGCACCAGGUACACAUGCGGUGUUAAACCAUCAUUCAGUACAGAUGCCUACGUUGUUUAGGAUCGUUCCUGUGACUGUUCAUGGUAAAAAUAGGUCUAUCGAGACGUUCGCUAUGUUAGAUGAAGGUUCGGCUGUAACGUUAAUGGACAACGCACUUUUCGAGGAAUUGGGGACAAUUGGCGUCGCCGACCCAUUAUGCUUAUUAUGGACAGAUAAUGUAUCGCGCAUCGAAGCUAAAUCUCGUCGAGCAGAAUUGAAAAUCUCCGGUCAAGAUGGGCAUAAGUAUCCGAUGUUCAAUGUCCAUUCAGUUUCAAAACUAGUCCUUCCACAGCAAUCUUUAAAGGUCCGUGAAUUGUUCGACAAAUUUCCCCAUUUGCGAUGUGUGCCUGUUGAAGACUAUUCAAAAAUCAUUCCACGAAUUUUAAUCGGAAUUGACAACGUUCAUCUGUUGGUUCCUAUGAAAGCAGUUGAAGGAAACACGUUAAGCCAACCAAUAGCUGUUUUGUCACGAUUAGGUUGGUCGAUUUAUGGAGGCUGCCCUGGAGGAAACACGGUUGUCAACGUCCAUUUGGUUAAACAAUGUAACUGCAAUCAAGGAGAAAGUCUUCAUGAAUUGGUUAAGCAGUAUUUCAAGGUGGAGUCAACUGGUAUCGGGGUCGAAAUCCCAGAGUCUGAAGAAGAUAAGCGGGCUCGUUCUAUCCUGGAAAAAACUACACGUCGUGUUGAUGGCGCAUUCGAGACCGGACUUUUAUGGCGAUAUGAGGACUUCGUUUUUCCUUCCAGUUUCAAAAUGGCACUUUGUAGGCUUAAAUGUCUGGAAAGAAAAUUGAAAAAAGAUGAUAACUUGUACGAUGCUGUUAGGAAACAGAUACAGGAAUACCAGAUUAAAGGAUACGCGCAUAAAGCAACUCUAGCCGAACUUCAGAAUACCGACUCGAAGAGAAUUUGGUAUCUACCACUUGGAGUCGUGGUCCAUCCUAGAAAGCCCGGAAAAGUUCGCCUUAUUUGGGACGCUUCAGCAGAGGUUGACGGCAUCAGUCUGAAUUCGAUGUUACUAAAGGGACCAGAUCUUCUUACGUCGUUGACAACAGUUUUGAGCAAUUUUCGGCAGCAUAGAGUGGCAAUCGUUGGUGACAUCGAACAGAUGUUUCACCGAAUAAGGAUUUGUGACGCGGACAAGCAAGCCCAACGAUUUGUAUGGAGAGAUCAGCCGUUCGAGGAUGCAACUGUGUUUGUGAUGGACGUUGCAACCUUUGGGUCCACUUGCUCCCCCUGUUCGGCACAAUUUGUGAAGAAUCGGAAUGCGGAGGACUUUGCAAGGUUGUACCCCAAAGCGGCAUUCGCUAUUCAAAAGGGACAUUACGUGGACGACUGUCUUGUGAGCUGCGAUACGGUUGAGGAGGCUAUACAAUUGGCACUGCAAAUAAAGGAAAUCCAUGCAGCAGCUGGAUUUAAUAUAAGAAACUGGAUUUCCAAUCGACCCGAAGUGCUUCGUGGCAUUGGUGAAGAAGUCACUUUGGAGCAGAAGAGCCUUCAAAUUGAAAAAAAUCGGCGCAUCUUCUAA